AUGACGUCCCCCGAACUUUGCGCACUGACAGCGUCAGAAGUCCAGCGCCAAAUCCGAUCCAAUUCGCUGCUUCUGGAGGACUAUGUUCAGUCACUUCUUGCUCGCUACAGGAUUCGAGAUGAGGAUGUCGAUGCUUGGGCAUUUAUUGAACCAGACAAGGUCCUGGAGCAAGCGAGGCAGCUGGACCAAAUCCCCUCGGCAAAGCGUGGUCGCCUCCAUGGCUUCGUCAUCGGUGUGAAAGAUGUCCUGUUGACGAAAGAUCUUCCUACUCAGUAUAAUUCUCCCGCAUACGCUUCCGACGGGCCACUUCUGGAUGCAUCGACUGUGGCCAUCUUACGAAGAAAUGGCGCAUUAAUCAUGGGCAAGACCAGAACCACAGAGUUCGCCGCGACGACUGUAGGCCCCGGCACGAAAAACCCACAUGAUCCUUCAAGAUCCCCCGGCGGCUCAUCCUCAGGAUCAGGGGCAGCAGUCGCCGACAAGCAAAUCCCCAUUGGGCUUGGAACCCAAACAGUCGGGAGCGUUGUUCGGCCGUCCUCGUUCAACGGCAUCUACGGCCUUAAGCCAACCUGGAACGCUGUAUCGGCCGAAGGUCAAAAGGUCUCUUCAGUGACACUGGAUACGUUUGGCUUCAUGUCACGAAGCAUCGAAGAUCUACAGGUUCUGGCCGAUAUAUUUUCUUUAAGAGAUGAUGACCCGCCUAAGGAAAUUCGGCUGAACGAAGCUAGAUUCGCCUUCGUCAAGACACCGGUUUGGCCAAAGGCCGGAGCCGGGACCAUCGCGGCCAUGGAGCGUGCGGUCCAAAUCCUAAAGGAUGCGGGGGCAACAGUUGAAGAAGUCACAUUACCUUCCGAGUUUGACAAUCUGCUUUCGUUGCAAAACCAGGUGCUUCAAGCUGAAGCCGGUGUCGCCUUCUAUAGGGAAUACAACACGAGAAGAGACCAAAUCAGCGACAAACUCGCCGACAUGGCGAGAAACAUUGAUACCUGCUCCAAGAAGGAAUUCCUACGAGCUUUUGAUACAAUUGCGUCUCUUCGGCCGAAGAUUGAUGACAUUGCAGAUCAGUACACGGCAAUUAUCACGCCCAGCUCGGUUGACGUGGCGCCCGUUGGGAUUGAAUGGACCGGAAGCUCCGACUUUAACGGCAUUUGGACGGCCCUCCAUACUCCAGUUCUCAAUAUUCCUGGGUUUGGAGGCGAGAACGGAAUGCCAGUGGGAGUGUCUCUCGUGACAUCGAGGUACAAAGAUCAGCAUCUUUUACAGGUCGGAAAGGCCGUGGGUCCCCUCUUUGCUGCGAAAGGUGGCUGGAAGUCGGAGUUGUAA